AUCAAAAUCAAAACCAAAACCCCAGAAAACUCGAAACCUCUCCCUGCUUCCUCUUCACCGUCAAUUCAGUUGCAAAAAUGGAUUUCCAGGUCGUGAUUCUCGCCGGAGGCUUCUCUAGUACUCUUUUUCCCUUAGUCUCUAAGGAAGUUCCUAAGGCGUUGCUUCCCGUAGCGAAUCGUCCGGUGCUAUCAUACGUCCUUGAUCUGCUAGAGAGCAAUAAUCUCAAGGAUCUGAUCGUCGUUGUUGAAGGAGAAGAUGCUGCUCUUAAAGUUGGUGGAUGGAUAUCUUCUGCUUGUGUUGAUCGUUUACAUGUUGAGGUUGCCGCUGUUGCUGAGAAUGUUGGAACUGCUGGGGCCCUAAGGGCAAUUGCACAUCACUUAACUGCGAAAGACAUUUUGAUUGUAAGUGGAGAUAUUGUUUCUGAUAUUCCUCCGGGUGCUGUCGCGGCUACUCAUAGAAGGCAUGAUGCAGCAGUAACUGCAAUGCUCUGUGCUCAACCUGUCAGUGGGCCAUCAGAAUCCGGUGGUUCUGGUGGGAAAGAUAAAACCAAGAAACCUGCUUGCGAGGAUAUUAUAGGGCUUGAUUCCUGGAAACAAUUCUUGUUAUACAUUGCCAAAGGGACUGAGAUUAAGAAAGAUACCCGAGUAAAAAAGAGCAUUCUCUGUGCGGCUGGCAAGAUGGAACUGCGGUCAGAUCUCGUUGAUUCUCAUAUAUAUGCCUUCAAGAGAUCAGUUCUGCAGAAAGUUUUGGAUCAAAAACCUGCUUUUCGGAGCCUAAAACAGGAUGUACUACCUUAUCUUGUUCGCACACAGCUGUCUCAGAGAUCAGAUGUCUUCUCUGACCAAAGCAAUGUAGAAGAAAAUGGAAAUGGAAAUGGAAAGAAUAAUAUGCAGAACAACGAGGUGGUCUUGUCUCAAAUUCUCUCAAACGCAUCUUCGCCAAGCUUUCAUCAAGUUUAUGAAUCAGGUCUGGAUAGCCGAAAAACCCAUAAAUGCUGUGUUUAUAUAGCGGAUGAAAGUAAGUAUUUUGUCCGCUUGAAUAGCAUUCAGGCCUUCAUGGACGUAAAUAGGGAUGUUAUUGGUGAUGCAAAUCACCUAUCCGGAUACUCCUUUUCGGCUCAUCACAACAUUGUCCACCCAUCAGCUGAGCUUGGAUCGAAAACCACAGUUGGACCUCAUUGUAUGCUUGGAGAAGGCUCUCAAGUCGGUGAUAAAUGUAGUGUCAAAAGAUCUGUAAUUGGGAGACAUUGCCGAAUAGGCUCCAAUGUGAAGAUUGUUAAUUCAGUUGUGAUGGACCAUGCGACAAUUGGAGACGGAUGUUCAAUACAAGGGUCAGUCAUUUGCAGUAACGCACAGCUUCAAGAGCGUGUUACUCUGAGAGACUGCCAAGUGGAAGCAGGCUAUAUAGUUUGCGUGGGGGGUGAGCACAAGGGAGAAACCUUUGCUAGAAAAUGAAAAGGAAGGUUAAGCAUAUGAGGUCACACAUCUGUAACCCAUCUUUCAAAUGAAAAGCAGCAUUUCUUAGUCAUUCCUUUGGUGAACAGACUAGUGAGGAGAGAAGAGUGAGAAGGAUUGGAAAAUUCCCCACUAAAGUUUUGUUGGUUAACAGUUUGAAAAUUUCCGUUAGUAUGUUUUGAUGAUAGAGUUUGAUAUUUUUCUGUUUCAUUACAUAUAUGCGCCUACAUGAACUCAAACUUGAUGAAGUCUUAAAACUUUUUUGUCAGCCA